AUGAUGCCAAGUUCCCAGCACACAUCUGGAACCAGCACGAAAAACACAGGCCCGCGCUCAAACAACCAUCUUGAGGGAUUCCACUCUGGCUUGAAGAAACGCAUACCCCGAUCACACCCCAACAUCUACCAAUUCGUAAAGGAGCUCAAGAAGAUCGAGAAGGCAGACAGGCGCACAAGACGACAGUUUGGACUUGGAGGAGCAAGGAGACCACGAGCACGUGUAGACCGUGAACGAGAUCAGAGGAUCGAGAGACUCAAGGUGCAGCUUUCCACCGAUCCCAGCCCAACGCCAGAUCCCAGUCCAACGCCAGAUCCGAGCUCAAAGCCAGAUCGCAUCCCAACUCCAGAUCGCAUCCCAACUCCAGAUCGCAUCCCAACUCCAGAUCGCAUCCCAACUCCAGAUCCGAGCCCAACUCCAGAUCGCAUCCCAACUCCAGAACGCAUCCCAACUCCAGAUCGCAUCCCAACUCCAGAUCCCAGCCCAACGCCAGAUCGCAUCCCAACUCCAGAUCGCAUCCCAACUCCAGAUGACAGGCCAACACAAGAUCGCAGACCAACACAAGAUCGCAGCCCAACUCCAGAUCGCAGACCAACACAAGAUCGGAGACCAACACAAGAUCGCAGACCAACACAAGAUCGGAGACCAACACAAGAACGCAGACCAACACAAGAUCGGAGACCAACACAAGAUCGGAGACCAACACAAGAUCGGAGACCAACACAAGAUCGGAGACCAACACAAGAUUGGAGACCAACACAAG